GAGCUGCGCCGUGAUUACGCUGAAACCCUAUUUAUUCAUUCGUUUGUUACAUUUUUCACUAAUUUUCACAUGUAGUGUUGCUUCGUGUACAAUACGUGUUUUUAAUUCGUAAUGUGUUACACGAAACUAUAAAUAUUACGCACACGGGAAACCCCUUUUCCUGUUUUUUUUUUAAAUAAACUACAACUCCCAUGAAGCACCUGGAACAAGGAAGAGCGAAAUCUCGGAUUCAGACGUGUUCAGCUGAAACCGGAGUUUGUGUGAAAGCACAAGAAGUCGGACACGCAAACCGCUGCCGUUAUGCAAACAUGCUCCAUUCAUUGUCCCGUUUGAUUAAGUGACAUCUUCCAUCGAGUUUUUCCCGCCGUGAACACCAUGGGGCCCGUGUUUGCCGUUGUUCUUGUUUUUGUCGGCUGUUGUAGCAAUGUGGUGUUUCUGGAGCUGCUUGUGAGAGAUUUUCCAGGAUGCGGCAACAUAGUCACCUUUGCUCAGUUUGUCUUCAUCGCAUUGGAAGGUUUCAUCUUUGAAACAAACUUUGGACGCAAGAAACCAGCAAUACCUAUCAGUAACUAUGUGAUCAUGGUGACCAUGUUCUUCACUGUCAGUGUGAUCAACAACUACGCUCUCAACUUCAACAUCGCCAUGCCUCUACACAUGAUCUUUAGAUCAGGAUCACUAAUCGCUAACAUGAUCCUGGGAAUAAUCAUCCUGAAGAAAAGAUAUUCGGCCAGCAAAUAUCUGUCUAUAGCCUUAGUUUCUGCAGGUAUCUUCAUCUGCACCAUCAUGUCUGCCAAACAAGUGAAUGUGUCAAAUGAGGGUUCAGAAGACCAAGGCUUUUAUGCCUUUAUGCACUGGCUUAUAGGUAUCGCCAUGUUGACCUUUGCCCUGCUGAUGUCUGCGAGGAUGGGCAUUUUUCAGGAGACGCUGUACAAGAAGUAUGGAAAACACUCCAAAGAGGCGCUCUUCUACAAUCACUGCCUGCCUCUGCCGGGCUUCCUGCUUCUCUCCACAAAUAUCUACAGCCACUGCGUCCUCUUCAAUCAAAGCACUCCCGUGCUGAUUCCUGGGGUCGAACUGAGCGUGCCGAUAAUGUGGAUCUACCUGCUGAUCAAUGUCAUCACACAGUACGUGUGCAUCCGUGGUGUUUUCAUCCUGACCACAGAGUGCGCCUCGCUGACAGUCACGCUGGUGGUGACGCUCAGGAAGUUCCUCAGCCUCAUCUUCUCCAUCAUUUAUUUCCAAAACCCCUUCACCACCUGGCACUGGGUGGGGACGGCCGUGGUCUUCGUCGGUACUCUUCUGUACACGGAGGUGUGGAGCAGCGUGUGGGCGGCUCUACGGGGACCCGAUGCCAAAGAGAAGAAGGCAGAGUGACGAAUCAGAGACUGGCAGUGGACAGAAAAUCAGUUAUCGUGUUGGACGUAGAGUGAUGUUGUUAUCCUGCAGCAGUUUUAUGCAGUUUUAGGGUCAUUUAGAUUUAUACUUGAUUACACGGUGCGCAGUCAUACACCACCUGAAAAGUUUAAAGGAUAGUGGUGUUCUGCAUUUUUAUUGUUGUCAGCAAAUCCCAUGAACAGAUCAAAUCCAGCAGAGUAAACAUUCCUUCACACAUACAGAGACAAACUAGUCGGCCGUAGCUCUCGUAAUCUGGGUCUAUUUUGUUCAGUGUUUACAUUCUCUGCUACAUCUGGUCUUUUGUGCCAAGACAUGUCUCGCUGCACAUUUUGUCUCGAGUUCACCACACAAUAAGCUAAAAACUGGUUUUAAAGACCUUUUGUAGCUGAUGCAUGAAACUGAUUGAAUUGGAACCGUGACAUCAAUGUGAGGUAGCUUGGAUGUUGCUCACAGCCAGGCCGAUUAUUAAAAAUCAGCACAGAUUUAUUGCUAGGAGCUUUUUGAGUCAAUUGAGCCAGAUCUCAUUCUUGAUGGAUUAAUUUAUUUUGAAUCUACGUGUGAAUGAAUCUGUAUUUUGUCUGUCUGUGCUCUCUGACUCCAAGCACCAAGCCCAUUCACUGUGACUGAAGAUGUAGAUCUCUAAAACCAGCUAUAGUCAAUAUUUUACAAUACUUGAUCACAUGACGGCUUGAUUAUGGUGAAGAACCCACAGACAGUUUUCACCCUCUCUCCAGGCCCAAAGAGAUGCAUGGCAUCACAUACCCCAGAACUUGUUUUUCUUGUGCUUGAUUGCAAACUUGAAGAGUGAUUAUUAGUCAGGUUAAGUUGUCUUUUUUUUUUUUUUUUUUUGAAUAUCCAUAAGCAUUCCUUGUCUCCACUUGACAAACAGACUCUAGGUAAAGAUGUUUUCAGUGUUUAAUCUGUUAUAAUUAUAAUGAUAGAUUUGAAAGGGAAAGAAAUCUCUGUUUGUAGCAUGUAUAUGCUUUGUCGACAGUUUUACUGCCCCCUGUGGCCAAAACGUCAGAUUUUCACACUUAGUCCCACUCUUCCAGCCAGUGUCAUUUAACUAAAUCAUUUCUGAAUACAGCUGGAGACUGUUUUUAUCAGGACGAGUGAAUAUUUUAUUUUGUAGGUACUGUUUGAAGUGUGUGAUUGGGGGUCUGGUGUGAGCUUUGUCAGCCAGUGCAACAGUGUGGGUCAAGGUUGUGUUGUAAUACUUUGGCUACACAGAUUCUGGGUUUGGUCUUCAUUGGAUUUGCUAACAAUAGGAAAAAUACGAAUACUCUCAUACUUACAUGUUUUAACAUUAGUACCUCGUUAUGGUGCGUUCACAGACACAAAUUCAGUGCCACUUUUCUUUUUUGUCUAUAACGCUGUUUGGAUAUUUAUUUUUUUAGCCUCUAGCUGCUCCAGGUUCGUGUUCAUUUUAAGGACUUCACCGAUUCAUGUGUGAGGAGCUGCUGGAGUCAGAUUGCGUGAUUAGAUAGGGGGACAGGUUAUGCAGUGCAUAUAGUCCCCGUGUCCUUGUCAUAUUGUCUCAGGUGUAUUUGUCAACAAUAAAUCUUUACACUCCCUGGCGACUGAAAUUAAAGUGGCAACAUAACUGAA